GGCUUUCUUUGUAAAAAAAUUUACUGAGUCAUGGCAGUGUACAAAAAGAGUUUGUUACUGAAUGUUCUCGUUCUUUUAUGUUUCUUUGCUGCUGUUUAUAGUCAAAAUAUGACUUGUGGUGACGUUGACUGUUCUAGUGUCGGUCCGGAUGACCUUGGUAACGAAAGAAACGAGUGCUGUAGCAUGUACUUCUCUUUCUUGAAUGGAUGCUGUUCCUCCGAAGAGAAUAGUAAUCUCAGACUGAUCCGUGAUAUUGUCAUUGGUGUUAGUGUUGGAGUUGGGGGUCUAAUACUUAUACUGAUAUGUAUAUGCAUUUGUUGCUGUGUCUGUGUCUGCGCAGGCUAAGCAAUAGUGAACUGCACCCAAAAAAGGAAAAAAAUAAAUAUUUUUUUGUGUUCAAUUUUAAUAAAUUAGCUGUGUUUUAUGUGAUUUAACUAUUUUUAAUACUGAUCUUAAAUUAAUAAUAGAAAAAAUUAUUAUGCAAUUGGUAAUUUAAUGACAUUUUUGGAAAUUCUAGUAA